AUGCGCACUGAAACGAAAAUGGUUCCGCAGCCUUGGAAUACAAUUUUGAAAUUCCUCCAGUGGGGCUAUCUUCGCUUAUUAAAUUGGAGAAGCGACAUUCUCCUUCAUCACAACAUCAACAACAUGGUCGAUCGGCCGAACAAGGCAAAGAUGUCUUUGACCGCUGGAGCGAAAUUUGUCAAGUUUGUCCAGGCUGAAAACAGUCACGAAUGUGCAAGACAAUGUUGUGACACACCCGCUUGUAACCAAGCCGUUUUUGAAAACAAGGAUGACUACAGUUGCUACCUGUUUGAUUGUGGAGAACCAAGUGUAUGUGUAUUUGCUUGGCAUAAGAGUUACAUCUCAAUGAAUUUUGCUCAGAAGAUGCACCAUAACUAUGAGGAACAGCCGCAUCAGGCAAGUAAGCAUGAAAAUGAACUUGCUGACCUUGACAAGCAGAAACCACCGAACCAUGCAACUUCCUCUCCUACCACUACCACCACCACAACUGCUGCAACAACCACCACCACCACCACGACUCUUUCUCCAACUACAGUGUCAACAACAAUAGCCUCUACCACAACAAAAAGGAAACCAAAGAUAGCAAAUAAAAAUGACCUUUUUGAAAUCCACUUUUUUUCCUUCUUCCUUUUUUCCUUCUUCCUUUUUUUCUUUUUCCUUUUAUCCUUUUUUCUUUUUCCUUUUAUCCUUUUUUCUUUUUCCUUUUUUCUUUUUCUACUUUUUUCUUUCUUCUUUUUCUACUUUUUCUUUCUUCUUUUCUUCUUUUUCUUUUUUCUUUUUUCUUUUUUUUUCUUUCUUCUUUUCUACUUUUUCUUUCUUCUUUUUCUACUUUUUUCUUCUUUUUUCUACUUUUUCUUUCUUCUUUUCUACUUUUCUUUCUUCUUUUCUACUUUUUCUUUCUUCUUUUCUACUUUUUUCUUUCUUUCUUUUUUUUUUCUUUUCUUCUUUUCUCUUUUUCUUUCUUCUUUUUUUUUUUCUUUUUCUUUCUUCUUUUUCUACUUUUUUCUUUCUUCUUUUUCUACUUUUUUCUUUCUUCUUUUUCUACUUUUUUCUUUCUUCUUUUUCUACUUUUUUCUUUCUUCUUUUUCUACUUUUUUCUUUCUUCUUUUUCUACUUUUUUCUUCUUUUUCUACUUUUUCUUCUUUUUUCUACUUUUUCUUCUUUUUUUUUUUCUUUCUUUUUUUACUUUUUUCUUUUCUUCUUUUUUCUUUUCUUUCUUCUUUUUUCUUUUUUUUUUUCUUUUUUUCUUUUUCUUUUGUCUGUUUCUUUCUUUUUUUUUUUUCUUCUUUUCUUUCUACUUUUUUUCUUUCUCUUUUCUUUUUUUUUUCUUUCUUUUUUCUUUCUACUUUUCUUUCUUUUUUUUUCUUUCUUUUUUUCUUUUCUACUUUUUCUUUCUUUUUUUCUUUCUACUUUUCUUUUCUACUUUUUCUUUCUCUUUCUUUCUUUUUCUUUCUACUUUUUUCUUUCUACUUUUUUCUUUCUACUUUUUUCUUUCUACUUUUUUCUUUCUACUUUUUUCUUUCUACUUUUUUCUUUCUACUUUUUUCUUUCUACUUUUUUCUUUCUACUUUUUUUUCUCUUUUUCUUUCUACUUUUUCUUUCUUUUUUCUUUCUACUUUUUUCUUUCUACUUUUCUUUCUCUUUUUCUUUCUACUUUUUCUUUCUUUUUUUUCUACUUUUUUCUUUCUACUUUUCUUUCUACUUUUUCUUUCUUUUUUUCUUUCUACUUUUUCUUUCUACUUUUUCUUUCUACUUUUUUCUUUCUUUUUUCUUUCUACUUUUUCUUUCUACUUUUUCUUUCUUUUUUUUUUUUUUUCUUUUUCUUUCUUUCUUUUUUCUUUUUUUUCUUUUUCUUUUUCUUUUUUUUUCUUUCUUUUUUCUCUUUCUUUUUUUUUCUUUUCUUUUUCUUUCCACUUUUUCUUUCUUUCUUUUUCUUUCUUUCUUUUUUCUCUUUCUUUCUUUUUCUUUCUUUUUUUCCUCUUUUUCUUUCUUUUUUUUUUUUCUUUUUUUCUUUCUUUCUUUUUACUUUCUUUUUUUCUUUUUUUUUUUCUUUUUUUUUCUUUCUUUUUUUCUUUCUUUUUUUUUCUUUCUUUUUCUUUUCUUUUUUUUUUCUUUCUUUUUCUUUUUUUUCUUUUUUUUUCUUUCUUUUCUUUUUCUUUCUUUUUUUUUUUUUUUCUUUUUUCUUUCUUUUUUCUUUUCUUUUUCUUUUUUUUUUUCUUUCUUUUCUUUUCUUUUUUUUUUUUUUCUUUUUUUCUUUCUUUUUUUUUCUUUUUUUUCUUUCUUUUUUUUCUUUCUCUUUUUCUUUUUCUUUCUUUUUUUAUUUUUCUUUCUCUUUUUAUAUUUUUCUUUCUUGUGUAUGGUGUAAAGAAAUUCUUUCUUCUAUUUCUAUACCAAACUCUCUCUUUCAUGCAAAAGACAUUAGAAAUAUCAAAUAGACAUUUGCUUCCUCUAACCCAUCAGUGCCCAGAAGCACAAGAGGGACGCCAGUGUGACAAACACCAUUUUGAAUGUGACAAGAAGAACUCCCUCAAGGAAGGGUUGGAUUGCAUCGAGUUACAACAUGUCUGUGAUGGCAUCCCUCAAUGUGCUGAUAGUUCUGAUGAAGAAGGCUGUUCACCUGAUGCCCAUGUACGAAACAGACCCUUGUCACACAACCUUGGCAAAGGAGCUUCCCAUCAACUUACAGGAACCAAUCCAAAAGUAUAUGGCAGUCAAUCACCAACUCAGAAGGCUGGUAUCCAAAAACAACCUUCGACUGGCCUGCAUACUGAAAGCAAGAUGCAUACUGCAGAUGACCAAGAAUCCCAGUUAGCCAACACAGAAAACACGAAAGCUAAACAAGAACACAAAGAGAACUCUGCAGGAAGUGAGGAUCAGAAUGGCACUGCAGUUACAAUUGAUGGCCACAGAGGCAGUACUGCUGCUCCAACUGCUACUGGCACUGUAUCUAGUUUACAGAAUAUGACAUCUCCUCAGACAGAGACCGGCUUGGCAAAAUUCCUACAACAGUCAAAUUACAUCCUAAAAGAAAAGGUUGUGGUUGCCAGCCCCACUGACAAUGCGCAGGGCCCCAUUGUGGCUCUUGCCCUUGGGCUUUCCUUCACGACCAUGCUGCUGAUUUUUGUGGGCUGCCGCCUGCGUAGGGAGAGACUCCUCUUCCUCAUUUUUUGUUUCUCAUCUCCUUGGUCUUCCUCUUCUCACUUUAUUCUCUUUUUUUUUUCUUCUUCUUCUUUCCUCUUCUCACUUUAUUCUCUCUUUUUUUUCUUCUUCUUCUUUCCUCUUCUCACUUUAUUCUCUCUUUUUUUUCUUCUUCUUCUUUCCUCUUCUCACUUUAUUCUCUUACUUUCUCUAUACAACAAACUCGAUAUUUCUGUUUUUCCUUUAUAUUUUCACUUGCUUUAUUUUUCUCUUUUUAUUUAUUUAUUAUCCCCUCUUGUUUAUUUGUUACUCCUCCACUCUCUUUAUUCCUCUCUUAUCGCUAUCAUCUUUCUUCCAUAUCUCUCUCUCUCAGUUACAUUAUAUCUUUUUUUUCUCUCUUGUUUCAAUUUUUCCUCUUUCCCCUAUUCUUUCACUCUCUCUCUCUCUCUCCCCCCACUCACUUUCUCUCCUCAUUACUUUUCCACCAUUCUCAGUACUGCAUAA